AGUGUGUUGGGUUAACUUUCGACAGCUGAAGGAUAAUGUCAUAAUUCUUCAUGCUUAUUGAAAAGUGCUUAGGUUCAUGGGGACAGUUAGAAGAUUUCAGGACAUGUUUAGAGAUGAGACUGAGGCAUCCAUAGAAGCCUGUGCUCCCCACACACAGAGACAAAAGCUUCUCAGGAUUCCCAGCAAAAAAUGUUUGCCAACCGCUGACCCAGAAGGAGCCCUUUGUUCUUUUGCGCCUGUUUCUCAGUCACUUGGUGUGAACGACAUGCGGUCUUAUUCUGCUGGUAGUAACCCCCAGUCUGAUCCUUGUCUUGCUCUCGCUCCUGAUCUUGUGCUUUCCGGAAGAGAGAACCACAGCGAGAUAGAGCGGCGCCGGCGGAACAAGAUGACGCAGUACAUCACGGAGCUCUCUGACAUGGUCCCCACCUGCAGCGCGCUGGCCCGGAAGCCGGACAAGCUCACCAUCCUCCGCAUGGCCGUGUCACACAUGAAGUCCAUGAGGGGCACAGGGAACAAGUCCACAGACGGCGCCUACAAGCCUUCCUUCCUGACGGAACAGGAACUAAAGCACCUCAUCCUUGAAGCAGCUGAUGGGUUUCUGUUUGUAGUGGCGGCCGAGACAGGGAGAGUGAUUUAUGUGUCUGACUCUGUCACCCCCGUUCUUAACCAGCCGCAGUCAGAGUGGUUUGGGAGCACCCUCUAUGAACAGGUGCACCCCGACGACGUGGAGAAGCUGAGAGAACAGCUAUGCACCUCUGAAAACUCCAUGACAGGCAGGAUCUUGGACCUGAAGACUGGGACAGUCAAGAAAGAAGGGCAGCAGUCGUCCAUGAGGAUGUGCAUGGGCUCGCGGAGGUCCUUCAUCUGCAGGAUGAGGUGUGGAAAUGCUCCUUUGGACCACCUUCCUCUAAACAGAAUAACCACCAUGAGGAAAAGGUUCAGGAAUGGCCUUGGCCCUGUGAAAGAAGGAGAAGCCCAGUAUGCUGUGGUCCACUGCACAGGAUACAUCAAGGCCUGGCCUCCAGCAGGAAUGACUAUCCCUGAAGAAGACACCGAUGUGGGACAAGGCAGUAAAUAUUGCCUUGUGGCAAUUGGGAGACUCCAGGUGACCAGUUCUCCUGUGUGCGUGGACAUGAGCGGGAUGUCAGUGCCCACAGAAUUCUUAUCACGGCAUAACUCUGAUGGGAUCAUCACGUUUGUGGACCCAAGAUGCAUCAGUGUGAUUGGCUACCAACCCCAGGAUCUUCUAGGAAAGGACAUUUUGGAAUUCUGCCACUCUGAGGAUCAGAGCCAUCUGCGUGAGAGCUUCCAGCAGGUGGUCAAGCUGAAAGGCCAGGUGCUGUCGGUCAUGUAUCGAUUCCGCACGAAGAACCGGGAGUGGAUGCUGAUCCGCACCAGCAGCUUCACCUUCCAGAAUCCCUAUUCUGACGAGAUUGAGUACAUCAUCUGCACCAACACCAACGUCAAGCAGCUUCAGCAGCAGCAGGCAGAAUUGGAGGUGCACCAGAGAGAUGGGCUGUCAUCAUACGACUUGUCGCAGGUUCCUGUCCCCAACCUACCAGCCGGAGUUCACGAGGCCGGGAAGUCCGUGGAAAAGGCAGAUGCGAUCUUUUCCCAGGAAAGGGAUCCCCGGUUUGCUGAGAUGUUUGCAGGAAUCAGUGCAUCGGAGAAGAAGUUGAUGAGCUCAGCAUCUGCAGCAGGAACCCAGCAGAUCUACUCCCAAGGAAGCCCAUUCCCCCCGGGACACUCGGGAAAGGCCUUCAGCUCCUCCGUGGUGCAUGUGCCUGGAGUGAAUGAUAUCCAGUCCUCCUCUUCAACGGGCCAGAACAUGUCCCAAAUCUCCCGGCAGCUAAACCAGAGUCAGGUGGCGUGGACGGGGAGUCGGCCGCCCUUUCCCGGACAGCUGAAAGUGGACAGAGCAGCGGGCAGUUCCAAGGGCGGCCCUCGGAAGUCUGGUCGCAGUGGCAAAGCCAGCACCACGGUCAGCAGAGCGGUGAGCAGCACUCGCACCAGCAGCCCGGUCAGACUGAAGUGUUCCAGGACAUGCUGCCCAUGCCCGGAGACCCCACCCAGGGCACUGGGAACUAUAACAUCGAAGACUUUGCUGACCUGGGCAUGUUCCCGCCCUUCUCUGAGUAGCUGCAGAUACAGCGGGGCCCCCACCCGGCAGCAGCCCCCUCGCUGUGACAUCGCCGCCCGAGUGAGCAGGGGCCCCCUCGCCCCGCCUGCCCCGUCACAGGACCCCCGGCGGAAGGCGUCUCACCUCCGCGUCCCCUCGGCACAGCAUCGCUCAGCUCUCGCCCACCGCCGCCGCUGCUCAGCCGCCGACCAGGGGCCCUGGUAGACAUUGGGGGCGGUUGUAUUUAUUGUAUUUUAUGUGGGUGUGCUUGGGAGGUGAGCCCAUUGGGUCUUUAAAAUCUAGUUGUGAAGAAUCUUGUAAUAGACAACUUUCACCUAUGAAAAGUUCCGUUGCAGCCCAGAGUGCCCAGGCAGCACCCCAGGCUGCCCAGGAGGCUGGAGUCAGGCUCCUUGCUGCCUUUACCUUCUGCGGAUGGGCGGGGUUCAGGGGUAUUGGGAAAAGAGGCAAGUGGAGUGCACAGCCUUUGCUCCCCAAGCUGGAGACUAGGAGCACAGGGACGCGAGGGGGGACGCCGGCACCGGCCUCCCGCAGCUCAGCCAAGUCUGCCUGUGUGCCCUCCUGCUGUGGGAGGGGUGUGCUUUGUGCAGUGUGACAUGACUCCCGUACUGACAGAUGGGCUGUGCCCCGUCUGCCGUGUGUGCCCAGAGUGAGCUUCUAGAAUCCGGGGUGCCUAGUGAGUGAGGGCCCGGACGUGCAGCCCCAGCUCAGCUCACAGCACCCUGGUUGGAGGAAGCUUGGCCAGGGUCUGGGCGCCAGGGUGACAGGCCAAGGUGAGCGGCAGGCACAUCCCAAUGACACCAUAAAUCGUGGCUGGGAACUUGCUCGCUUUAAUAGGUCAGUUCUUUGGUCCAAGCCCUUUGGUGCGGAUUGGAGGAGUCCUCCUCUGAGAGAAAGCAGCUGCCUCCUCCCACAGGAGACCCCAGGAAACCACUCACCUUCUCUCACUAGGGUCUGAAGAGUGACGACUCCUGGUUGUUGCUCAUCCUUACUCCAUCGGUGAGGGACAGACUUCGUCCCCACCAAGUGCCUGUGGGAGGCCCACGCUGAGGUCACAGAGGCCCUUCUGUAGAGGGUGAAUGGGCAGGCAGGACGGCCAGCCUCCUCUUCCUCUGUACCCUGCAGACACGCUGCCCCAAGCCCAGCCUGGGUGAAUGUCUCUGCUCAGGGGCCAUGGAGAUGGUGUAGGAGUGAACCCCGUACAUGGAGAUGGGGACCUGAGACGCUUCCCUCCAGGCCACCAGAGCCUUCUUUCUUCAGCCAGCGGGGAACAGUGGCAGCUGGGAAGGACAGAGUGCAGGUGUGUGGGGCAGGAGACGUGGUUCUGGUUCUGGUUCUGGUUCUGUCACACACUCACCAGGGCCUUGAAUUCCUCAGGCAGUCUCAAGACAGAAGUAAGACCUGACUUCUAGAAACUUCUUCCUGGCUGACCUCUGAGCCCAUGGCCCCUGGCUUGCCGUAUUUCCCUCAGAGUUGAGAUUGGUUUAAGCGUCCCUCCCCUGCUUUUACUCACCUCUCCCCUCCAUGCCCUUUACACUAAGGAGGUCUCUCUUAGCCUCUCUUGUUUCUUCUUCUCCUGACACUCAGCCUCCUGUUUUGCAUCAUUGUCCCAUCAGCUUGCCAACUCCCAUAGGGAAAUAAGCUACACAGGGCUGCCUGGGGGCAGGGGGAGGUGCCCGCCCCCAGGAAGGCCCCGUGUCCCUCUCAGAGAGUGCCCUCAGGUGGACCUCCUCAGGCCCUUGGCUCAGAAACCACCCGCAUAUCCCUCCCCUCGGAUCACGGAGGGCCGGACGGAGUGGAGCUGGUCCCAGGCUGCCUGAGUGCGGUGAGCCCCGAGUGCAGGGGUUGCUGGGGAGCGUUUGCUCUGACACUCUGAAGGCUCUGCUUUGAACGCCAGCCCUGUCUGGCAUCCGGGGGGCUCCACCUAUAAAAGUCCAACGUUGUUUGGGAGAAUGCCUUGGCUGGGAGCCAGCUUUGCGUGAUGCCACUCUCAGACUCUAUGCUGACACUGACUUGAGAGUUUCCGGAGCAGCUUUAAUCCUCCAUGUACAGUGGAGAUUGGGUCUUGGGUUUACAUGCAUAUGAUGCCAUUUUGCCCUCAGGAGCCUUUGACUUCUGGGGAGUAGGCAGUGGUGGAGACUCCACACCCCCUAACGGUACCAGACCCAGAAGGGGCUCCCCUCCCGGCCCUGCCCCGGGCCACCUCUGCCUCUGCAGCCUCGAGCUCGCCCCAGGCAGUGAACAUAAUUAUUCCCAAGAAAGGCACAAUAAUAGCUUUUGGAUCAAAGAAUGGUUUCUUGGUGAAGUGAAAGACAGAACUUUUGUGACCUUUAGCCUGUGAGUUUGGAAGUUCUAGAGGUUUUAUGUUCGUUUUUUCCUUCUGUUUUUUGGAGGGAACUUGGGGACUUUCUUAGAUGCGCACAUUAGGUGGACACGCUGUGCCGUGUAUCUGGUCUGUGCUGGGCAAGGAGGGGAUGCAAAGAAAUAGAAGAUCCUUGCUCCCAAUGACCUUUCAUUUACUUCUCUCACGUAAACAAAGGGUCAGGGUUCAGACACUCAGUUCUUGGCCCUGGAAGGCGAGGAUUCGUGGGUAACUGAAAGCCAGACAUACUGGGGAGCAUCAUGACUAAACAGACCCGCCUCCUCCCUUCCAGCUUCGGCCUAGGAGCACUGGGGGGAGUCUGAUUGGAAUCUGAUGGGCCAUCUGGGGUUCUGUCUUCUCUGUGCCCUACUCCACUUUGUGGUUGUGGUUCUUAGAAGCCAUCAUGUGGCCAAUAAGAAAACAGACGGGACUGGGAGGAUCCCAUACCCAAAGGAUUCCCUCCCCAAGGAAUUUUGAGACAAACUGGAGUAAGAAUUAAAGCCCUAAAGGGUCUAAUUAUCCCAGUUUGGAAUAGAACCUCCCAUGCCAGUUCUGCCCACCCAGGAGGCCAGAAUGCACAUGGGCACUUGUUGCAGCCUGUCCUUCAGCCUGUGCCCAGCCCAGCUUCCUCUCCUACUAAAGACGGAGCUGAAGCUGCCUUGGGAAGGGGAAAGGCACCUAUCACUUUGUUUGGCUCUGUGACUCAUUUCCUCCUCACAGCUCAUCUUGUUGACUGGACCAUCAGCUGGCUCUCAGGCUAAGCAAGCAGGCUUUCCACAGAAGAGGGCCAUGCUGGGGCUGCCUGAGACAUUGGCAAGAACGUAAACACAGCCACAUUGAGAUUCAACCAAGACUUGGUUAGUGACUAUGAUAGUGGCUAAGGACAUUCUAGAACAUUCUAUGUAUAUGUCACUUCCCACUAGUUUUGUUUUUUGCUUUGGUUUCAGGAAGUGAUAAGCAUCACAAAUAGCUGCAUUCUUCUCCACUUUCUAAUAUAUCAAACUCAACCCUUUUGCUAUUUCAUGGAUACCUGUUGCAAAUAAUGGAAGGAUUCUAAUAGUCAAUGGAACUUACAUCGGGGAGCUUAAAUCCUCCGUGCCAGUAAACAGGCUGUGUGUUCCCCAGAUUAGCUACAUUUGACAAUAUAAGUGUUCCUGCUAGCCUUAGCCAAGAGAUGAGGCAGGUCCAGGGAAAUGACUGAUGUUCCCGGUCCUCCACGUCAGCACUUGGGCCAGCAGAUGAGCUCUGCCAGGACAGUGAACACUUACCCACUUGCUCCUUAGCAAUUAUGCCCCGUCACAUAGGCAAGACCAAGCUGGUUACCUAACAGCUCUAGCCAGUAACAAGUCAGGGUAGAAACGUUCUUUGUUUUACCGGAAAAUAUGGGUCAUUAGGUCGCUGUGUCCUGACGGAGUAGGGUCCACUCCCCUGCCUUCCCCCACCAGAUCUUCAUCUUGUGUACUAAGUGCCCUGGGCCACCUGCUGUCCGCCUUCUCUCGACGGCCUGGGGUCUAGGGAACGUGGAGAGGACCCGCUGGGGUGCAGGCAUGUUUCCACAUGUAGGUGUGCCUGGGUCUUGUGGCCAAAGCUGGUAUUGUGGUCGAGCACCAGCCAAAGCCUGUGGGCAUGGACUGUGGACGCGGCCGACGAAGGUCUGGCAGGCGGUGCAGGAGCAGAGCAAGGUGCUUCCUGCAACCAUCUCAUUUUCCUUUAGAAACAAGAGGUUUCACAGACGGGCUUCCUUGAACAAUUUAAGCACUUGAUCAUUUCUCUUUUAGCUUUUCUCCUUAUGGAUGUGACCUGUGCUGUGGAUAAAUCACCAUUUGUAUUUCUUGAAUGUUCUUGAUGACUAACAGGUAUUAAGUCAGUUGUGUACAUGUGUAACUAAUGUAACUGCCUUUUAAAAUUUCAUUACAAUAAAGAUGACUUUGCUCUGAACAACGAGUA